UCCAGCGGCUCAGAACUCAGCCUGCGGCUCCUGCACAUUGUCUGAAGGCUGUCAGCACUAACUAUUGGCUGUACUGCGGCUGAUACGUUUUUGCUACAGUGACUACUGGCCCUGCAAGGGGGACACUUUCCUGAUCUGUCAGACUUGCAGGUUGACAUCCCUACAGACAGACAGCCCUUGUGGCAACCUUACAAUUUGACAGACUUGCUGCCAAUCCCAUAUUGUGCCUGACCCACCACUCCAGGGAGUGGGCUACAAGCAAAGAAGACUGUGGCUUGUCCUUAACGAGACCUGUGGAUCAGUAGAUUUGCCAAGAUAAACUGGUAGUUGCGCCCGGGUCCUUUUAUGUUCAGAGGGCCACUGGAUACCUCCUGGGCAGCCAAUGUUUCCCCCAGUGGCCCACACAGGAUCAAGGCUGGCCGCUCUGCCCAUCUAGUGCCCAUCUUGGGAUCCAUUUGGGGAGCUUGGUGCCAAGAACCAGGAGUCGCUCGGUACCAGACACUGGAUCCAAUGGCAGCUGUGCGAAGUUCGAGCAGUUUGACUCCAUUCUCCAUCCAGGCCAUACUGAACAGGAAAGAGGAGCGUGCCCGCACCUUCCCCAGGCUGGCCACUGCAGUCUCACCCGCCUGUUGCUGGAGGAUCUUCGGGGAGAAUGAGGCAGAAGGACUGGGCUCCCCAUGUGGAGGGGCACCUGGGGCAGGAGCCGGGGGAGAGCCGACUGGGUGGGACUCAGACUCUGCUCUCAGUGAGGAGGGAGAACUGGGGAGGCCGAGGGAUAACGGGGAGAGGAAGAAUCAGAGGCCACUGGAGGCCAGAGUCAAGGGGGAGGAUGAGGAGGAAACACCAGGCUGCAGCGACUGCGAGAUAGGAGCUGGCGUCCCAGAUCCUAGCCCUCCAGAUGAGGAUCCCAAGUGUGAGCAGCUGAUGCUAGAGCCCCCCAAGCAGAGAAAGAAGCGCUCCCGGGCUGCAUUCUCCCAUGCCCAGGUCUUCGAGCUGGAGAGACGCUUCAACCACCAGCGAUACUUGUCUGGCCCCGAGCGGGCUGACCUGGCUGCAUCCCUUAAACUAACAGAGACCCAGGUGAAGAUAUGGUUCCAGAACAGGCGCUAUAAGACCAAGCGCAGGCAGAUGGCUGCCGACCUUCUUGCUGCAGCCCCUGCAGCAAAGAAAGUAGCCGUGAAAGUGCUGGUGAGGGACGAUCAGAGACAGUACCAGCCGGGGGAGGUCCUGCGCCCAUCACUGCUUCCCCUUCAGACCCCCUAUUUCUACCCAUAUUAUUGUGCCCUGCCUGGUUGGACGCUCUCCGCGGCUGCCUGCAGUGGGGGGACUCCAUAAGUCAAAGGGGGGGCUUCCUAUGAUCACCCCACCGUUACACCCUGGGGGCUUGAAUAUUGACGUUUCUCAUUUAUUCUGCACCAGCAAAACUGUGACCAAAAAAAGGAUUUAAACAAUUGCAGACUUUGUCCAUGGUAUCCAUGUUGUCUAUAUGCCGUAUAGGUUUUAUAUCUAUGUUAUAGCUCCUUAUAUUCUCUAUGGAAUGACUAAGCUUUCUGGGCAAGUUGAGGGGCCUAUGAAAGGGGAUCCCAAGUUCGGACUCUUGGUGGCCCCACUGACUGCAUGGGGCUGUUUCUAGGUUCCCUGGGUGUCCAGGGCUAUGAAUGUACAGUACAGAGCUUCCUUAUCGCUUUGCCAUUCUCCAUCCUGCCUCUUACCCUCCUCAUCAUCCAUGUCAUCAAAUCCUCUGCUUAGUUAGCAAUAUCCUAUGUUGGGUGGGGAGGUAAGACUUUUUUCUAGCACUUUUAUGCUCUUGCAACCUGUGGCCCUUCAUCUUUGUUUGUAUCAGUCUAUGCAUUGCCAGACAGUUGGGAAUAGUAGUCCAACUACAACUGAAGAACCUCGGAUUGGGUUAAUCCAAGAGAGGUAAUUCUCAAAAUCAUGGUUUUAUCUCAUCUUGACUCAGUGCCUUUCCCAGAAACCAUAUAAGCAUCUGCUUUACUGUGGCCUUAUUUUAACACAAGAUGCAAUGCUUUAAUAACCUUGCAGUUUGUAGAUUCAUAAGAAUCUGGCACCGUGGCAUAAGCUACAUUAUGUAUUUUUCCAAUGAAAUUGUGAAUAUCUGUUUUUUAAUACUUUGGUUUUUUUUUUCUAAUUUAUAAAGUAUAGUUUAACUAAGAACUUGAUGUGUCUUUCUUUUCCUAAAGAGUUAACUGUCAAGGCACAAGGGGCCUCGAAAUAUUCAAACUUCGGGGUUAUUUAAAAAAAUCCAAAUUUAUCUCAUUAUUUAAAUUAAAAAAACACGA